AUGGCAAACAACGCUUCCGCGACCGCUGGCAAGGAGGGCAUCAGCGCCCUGCCCCACACCGAGGCGCAUUACUUCAACAGCUACAACCACCAUGGUAUCCACGAGGAAAUGCUGAAAGAUGAGGUCCGCACAAGGAGCUACCGCGAUGCGAUCUACCAGAACCCCCAUCUCUUCAAGGACAAGGUCGUCCUCGAUGUUGGUUGCGGUACCGCGAUUCUCUCCAUGUUCGCUGCCAAGGCUGGCGCAAAGCAUGUCAUCGGUGUCGACAUGUCGACCAUCAUCGAGAAAGCCAAGGAGAUCGUUCAUGUGAACGGCUUGUCCGACAAGAUCACCCUGCUCCAGGGCAAGAUGGAGGAGGUUGUUCUCCCCUUCCCCAAGGUCGACAUCAUAAUAUCAGAGUGGAUGGGCUACUUCCUGCUCUACGAAUCCAUGCUGGACACCGUCAUCUACGCCAGGGACAAGUACCUUGUCAAGGACGGUCUCAUCUUCCCCGACAAGGCUACCAUCUACCUCGCCGGUAUUGAAGAUGGCGACUACAAGGAGGAGAAGAUCGGCUUCUGGGAUAACGUCUGGGGCUUCGACUACUCCCCUCUUAAGCACACCGCCUUGACAGAGCCCCUCGUCGACACCGUCGACAUCAAGGCCGUCGUCACCGACCCCUCCGCCGUCAUCACCCUCGACCUCUACAAGUGCACCGUCGAAGACCUCGCUUUCAGAUUACCCUACGAGCUCAAGGUCCGCCGCAGCGAUUUUGUCCACGCCCUGAUCGCGUGGUUCGACAUCGAAUUCGCCUGCUGCCACAAGCCCAUCAAAUUCUCCACAGGCCCCCACACAAAGUACACGCACUGGAAGCAGACCGUCUUCUACCUCAAGGAUGUCUUGACCGUCGAGGAGGGCGAGACCAUCUCCGGUGUUCUGGAGAACAAGCCUAGCGAGAAGAACCACCGUGAUCUUGACAUCACCAUUGACUACAAGCUCGAGGCGAACGACAUGCACAGGCAGGCUGAGGGCUCUGGCCUGUACAAGAUGUGCUAA